AUGUUUAAUGUUCUUUUGUUAUCUAAAUCGGCAAUCACUACGCUACCACUAUUUGUGAUGCCAACUUGCACCUAUUGUAAUAAAGUUUUUAAAGACCGGCAGGUCUUGGGUAAUCAUAUAAGAACUCACUUGGAUGAUAGUGAUAAAGAUAUACCAUUAACAAAUCAAUCAUUUCAUGAUACAUCAAUCCAAAUUCAUAAUCCAAACAUAUUUACAGAAGAAACAAAUGUGACAAUACAUGUUGAACGGAAUAUACAUGUUGAACGAAGAUCAAAUGAUAAUCAGCAAGAGGAAAUUACCUUUGACGCUGAUGGUGAUGCGCAAAACAUUAACAUUUCUUCUUCUGCCGAAUCUCAAAGUGAUGAUGAAGAAGUAGCAAAUUUCUCUGAUAAUGAAUCUAUGACAGAAUCGUCAGAUGCAUAG